CUUGUGAGAUAUCUGCCUUGCAAUUCCUUCUUUUUCUUAUUACCUUCUCAAUAAAUAAAUAAAAAGUUUUUUUUAAAGAAUUUUUGAUCGGAAAUGGCUCGUAAGUUUUUCGUCGGCGGUAACUGGAAAUGCAAUGGAACUUCUGAGGAUGUGAAGAAAAUUGUGGCAACACUUAAUGCUGGGGAUUUGCCUUCCACCGAUAUCGUUGAGGUGGUGGUGAGCCCUCCGUUUGUGUUUCUUACCACUGUUAAAAGUGAAUUGAGGCCUGAAAUCCAAGUUGCGGCCCAGAAUUGUUGGGUUAAGAAGGGCGGUGCAUUCACCGGUGAGGUUAGUGCUGAGAUGCUUGUCAAUUUGGGUGUCCCAUGGGUCAUCCUAGGUCACUCAGAAAGGAGAGCCCUUUUGAAUGAAACAAAUGAGUUUGUUGGAGACAAGGUUGCAUAUGCACUUUCUCAAGGUCUAAAGGUGAUCGCUUGUGUCGGUGAGACUCUUGAACAACGAGAAGCUGGAACCACCAUGGAAGUUGUUGCUGCUCAAACCCAGGCAAUUGCUGAUAAAAUCUCAAGUUGGGAUAAUGUUGUUUUAGCUUAUGAGCCAGUGUGGGCUAUUGGAACCGGAAAGGUUGCAUCUCCGGCUCAGGCCCAAGAAGUACAUGCAGGGCUAAGGAAAUGGUUUGCGGAAAAGGUCAGCUCCGAAGUUUCUGAGAAAACCAGGAUCAUCUAUGGAGGAUCUGUGAGUGGCUCCAAUUGCAAGGAAUUGGGAGGACAACCAGAUGUUGAUGGUUUCUUGGUUGGUGGAGCUUCUCUCAAGCCGGAAUUCAUUGAUAUCAUCAAGGCAGCUGAAGUGAAGAAAUGUUGAAGUUUUUUGUGUCAUUUGUGAAGAAGAUCAAUGGAGUUAUGUUUUCAGCUAGUUUUUUCUAUCGUAUAUUAUGGUUGAAAUAAGCAUUUGAACAAAACUUGGUGCACUAAAUGCUACAACGUGACACCGUUGUUUUUUUGGUGAAUAACACAGGAUAAUGUUUUUUUGAGUAGCUGCGAGUGUUUUGUAGACUAAUUGGGGAUAUGAAAUGGAAUGGUGGUAUGUGCUCCACUUAUUCUUAUUGAUAAUAGAUAUGGAUGUUUCAUAUUUUAUGGUUGA